AUGCCGCUGGUCCGGAGAGCUUGGCAAACGGUUUCAACUUCAGAGGUAUCAUCUCAGAAAUUUCACCAAUCUUUAACUCCUGAGGAAGCCAGAGAAGCCUUGAAAAAGAUAAUUCAUACAGCAGAAGCAUAUGCUAGGAUCUCCAAGAAUAAAGAUGAGUUUUUAAGAUUAGUUAAAGAAAAAUAUCAUCCCAAAAGAGAUUUACCUUAUAUUGAUGUGGAGGCAAUGAAUGAUGACAAAAAGGAGACUAAAUUUGAUAAAGCAAUAAAAGUCUUAUUAAAAACUCCUCCGCAAAGUAAAGAAAAAACCAAAUUACUUACUGAUAAUCAACUACAAAACAAGUUUAAUUAUUAUCAGCAAAAAAUCCACGCGAGCCAAAAAAAGAACCGCGAGAAAGCCUUAGAUAAAUAUUUGGUGCCGGUUUUUGCAACGGUGCGGGAAGUUAUUCAGCGGCAGACGGAACUUUUGCUUUUCCCUACCCAAAUAUUUGGGGGGAUAGUGCUCCACCAUGCUAAUAUCGCUCAAAUGAAUACGGGGGAAGGGAAAACUCUGACCGCCUUUUUGCCAAUUUGUCUUAAUGCUUUAUCGGGUCGCACUGUUUUUGUUAUUACGGUUAAUGAAUAUUUAGCCCAAAGAGAUUGGCACUUGGCUAAGCCUAUUCUAGAUUUUUGUCAAAUUACUUCGGGCGUUAAUCUUACUAAUCUUAAAAACUCAUCUUUAUUCUUGGAGAUCCUAGCAUAUGCUUCUGCUGUAUGA